AUGGAAAAGCUUGGCCGGUGUUUCCAUUGGCCACGCAAGUACGCGAGACCUCACCGCGCGAGACACCUUCGCCUGUCCACCCCAAUCACCUUUCAUCGCCUAAGGCCUAAGUCCAUGUGCUUCUCCAUCACAGCCUCCACGACGGCGGAAACCACGAUGGCCACGGAGCCUCCGACAACCACCUCAGGAAGUACCUCAACGCCUACACCCACAACCACGGUCGAAAUUACAACUGGCUCAACAGUUUCUGAUACGACUCUACCUACAACAACCGAAAUUACAACAACUGCAGGUAUCACAACUACAGGAUCUACAGUUACAACAACAGCUGGGCCUACGCCCAUAGCUGGACCUACAACAACAGGUGAACCUACAACAACAGCCGGACCUACAACAACAGCUGCACCUACAACAACAGCUGGACCUACCACAGCUGGGCCUACUACAACAGCUGGACUUAAAACAACAACUGGACCUACACCUACAGCUGAACCUACAACAACAGCUGGACCUACACCUACAGUUGGACCUACAACAACAGCUGGACCUACAACAGGUGAACCUACAACCACAGCUGGACCUACAACAACAGCUAGACCUACAACAACAGGUGAACCUACAACCACAGCUGGACCUACAACAACAGCUGAACCUACAACAGCUGUGCCAACUACAACAGCUGGACCUACACCUACAGCUGGACCUACAACAACAGCUGGACCUACACCUACAGCUGGACCUACAACAACAGCUGGACCUACAACAACAGCUGGACCUACAACAACAGCUGCACCUACAACGGCUGGACCAACAACAACAGGUGAACCCACAACAGCUGCACCUACAACAACAGCUGGACCUACACCUACAGCUGGACCUACAACAACAGCUGCACCUACAACAACAGCUGGACCUACACCUACAGCUGGACCUACAACAACAGCUGCACCUACAACAACAGCUGGACCUACACCUACAGCUGGACUUACAACUACAGCUGCACCUACAACAACAGCUGGACCUGGACCUACAACAACAGUUGGACCUACAGCAACAGCUGAACCUACAACAGCUGUGCUAACUACAACAGUUGGACCUACACCUACAACUGGACCUACAACAACAGCUGGACCUACAACAACAGCUGGACCUACAUCUACAGCUGAACCUACAACAACAGGUGAACCUACAACAGCAGGUGAACCUACAACAGCAGCUGCACCUACAACAACAGCUGGACCUACACCUACAUCUGAACCUACAACAACAGCUGGACCUACUACAACUGGACCUACAACAACAGCUGCACCUACAACAGCUGAACCUACAACAACAGCUGGACUUACAACAACAGCUGGACCUACAACAACAGCUGGACCUACAACAACUGGACCUACGACAACAGCUGCACCUACAACAACUGGACCUACAACAACAGCUACAGCUGGACCUACAACAACUGAACCUACAACAACAGCUGCACCUACAACAACAGCUGCACCUACAACAACAGCUGCACCUACAAUAACAGCUGGACCUACACCUACAGCUGGACCUACAACAACAGCAGGACCUACAACAACUGGACCUACGACAACAGCUGGACCUACAACAACAGCUGGACAAACAACAACAGGUGAACCUACAACAACAGCCGGACCUACACCUACAGUUGGACCUACAACAACAGCUGGACCUACAACAACAGCUGGACCUACACCUACAGCUGAACCUACAACAAUAGCUGGACCUACAACAACUGGACCUACAACAACAGCUGGACCUACAACAACAGCUGGACCUACACCUACAGCUGAACCUACAACAACAGGUGAACCUACAACAACAGUUGGACCUACAACAACUGGACCUACACCUACAUCUAAACCUACACCUACAGCUGGACCUACAACAACAGCUGGACCUACAACAACUGGACCUACGACAACAGCUGGACCUACAACAACAGCUGGACCAACAACAACAGGUGAACCUACAACAACAGUCGGAUCUACACCUACAGUUGGACCUACAACAACAGCUGGACCUACUACAACUGAACCUACAACAACAGCUGCACCAACAACAACAGCUGGACCUACAACAACUGGACCUGCAACAACUGGACCUACACCUACAUUUGAACUUACAACAGCUGGACCUACAACAAUAGCUGGAUCAACUACAACAGUUGGACCUACAUCUACAGCUGGACCUACAACAACAGCUGGACCUACAACUGGACCUACGACAACAGCUGUAACUACAACAGCUGGACCUACAACAGCUGGUCCAACUACAACAGUUGGACCUACACCUACAUCUGAACCUACAACAACAGCUGCAACAGCUGGACUUAUACCUACAGCUGAACCUACAAUAACAGGUGAACCUACAACAACAGCUGGACCUACUACAACUGGACCUACAACAACAGCUGGACCUACAACAACAGCUGGACCUACAACAGCUGGACCUACACCUACAUUUGAACCUACAACAGCUAGACCUACAACAAUAGCUGGACCAACUACAACAGUUGGACCUACAUCUACAGCUGGACCUACACCUACAGCUAGACCUACAACAAUAAGUGAACCUACAACCACAGCUGGAACUACAACAGCUGGACCUACAACAGCUGCUGGACCUACAACAACAGCUAGACCUACACCUACAGCUGAACCUACAACAACAGCUGGACCUACACCUACAGCUGGACCUACAACAACAGCUGGACCUACAACAAUACCUGGACCUACAACAGGUGAACCUACAACAACAGGUGAACCUACAACAACAGCUGGACCUACAACAACAGGUGAACCUACAAUAACAGCUGGACCUACACCUACAUCUGAACCUACGACAACAGCUGGACCUACACCUACAUCUGAACCUACGACAACAGCUGGACCUACGCCUACAAUUGGACCUACACCUACAGUUGAACCUACAACAGGUGGACCUACAACAGGUGAACCUACAACACUCACACCUACAUCGACAGCUGGACCUACAACAACAGCUGCACCCACACCUACAGCUAGACCUACAACAACAGCUGAACCUACUACAGCUAGACCUUUAACAACAGUAGAGCCUACAUCAACACUUGCGCCUACAUCAACAUCUGGGCCUACAACAACAGCUGGACCAACACCUACAGAUGUACAAACAACUGUUGGACCUACAACUGGUGAACUUUUAACAACACUUGCACUUACACCAACAGCUGGACCUACACCUACAGCUGAACCUUUAACAACAGUAGAACCUACAACAUUUGCACCUGCAUCAAUAUCUGAACUUCUAACAACAGCUGGACCUACAACAACAGAUGCACCUACACCUACAGAAGGACUUACAACAAUACCUACAACAGCUAGACCUACACCUACAGCUGAAUCUACAACAACAACUGCACCUACAUCUACAGAUGGACCUACUACAACAGUUGGACCAACAACAGAACCUACAGCUACAGAUGAACUUGUAACAGCUGCACCUACAGUGACACCUACACCUAUACCUACAGCUGGACCUACACCCACAGCUGGACCUACAACAACAGCUGAACCUACAACAACAGCUGGACCGACAACAGGUAGACUUACAACAACAGCUGGACCUACAACAACAGGUGAACCUACAACAACAGCUGGGCCUACUACAACAACUGGACCUACAACAGCUGGACCUACAACAACAGCUGGACCUACACCUACAGCUGGACCUACAACAACAGCUGGACCUACACCCACAGUUGGACCUACAACAACAGCUGGACCUACACCUACAGCUGGACCUACACCUACAGUUGGACCUACAACAGGUGGACCUAUAACAACAGCUGGAUCUACAACAACAGCUGGACCUACACCUACAGCUGGACCUACAACAACAGCUGCUCCUACACCUACAGUUGGACCUACUACAACAGGUGGACCUAUAACAACAGCUGAACCUACAACAGCUGGACCGACAACAACAGCUGGACCUACAUCUACAGUCGGACCUACACCUACAGUUGGACCUACUACAACAGGUGGACCUAUAACAACAGCUGAACCUACAACAGCUGAACCUACACCUACAGUUGGACCUACUACAACAGCUGGACCGACAACAACAGUUGGACCUACAACAACAGCUGGACCUACACCUACAGCUGGAUCUACAACAACAACUGGACCUACACCCACAGCUGGACUUACAACAACAGCUGGACCUACACCUACAGCUGGACCUACAACAACAGCUGGACCUACACCUACAGUUGGACCUACAACAAUAGGUGGACCUACAACGACAGCUGGACCUACAACAACAGCUGGUCCUACACCUACAGUUGGACCUACUGUAACAGGUGAAACUAUAACAACAGCUGGACCGACAACAACAGCUGGACCUACACCUACAGCUGGACCUACAACAACAGCUGGACCUACACCUACAGUUGGACCUACUACAACAGGUGGACCUAUAACAACAGCUGAACCUACAACAGCUGGACCUACACCGACAACAACAGCUGGACCUACACCUACAGUUGGACCUACAACAACAGGUGAACCUACACCCACAGUUGGACCUACUACAACAGGUGGACCUAUAACAACAGCUGAACCUAAAACAGCUGGACCGACAACAACAGCUGGACUGACAACAACAGCUGGACCGACAACAACAGCUGGACUGACAACAACAGCUGGACCGACAACAACAGCUGGACCAACACCUACAGUUGGACCUACUACAACAGGUGGACCUAUAACAACAGCUGAACCUACAACAGCUGGACCUACAACAACAACUGGACCUACACCUACAGUUGGACCAACAACAACAGGUGAACCUACACCCACAGUUGGAGCUACAACAACAGCUGAACCUACAAAAACACCUAAACCUACAAUAACACCUGGACCUACGUCAACGAUCCGACCUAUAACAACAGGGACAGCUGGACUUACGACAGCUGGGCCUACAGGUAUAGAUACUAUACACUUUGAACAUACAGCACCAGCUAGAUCUACAACGACAAUUACAUAAGGAGCAUAAACAUAUAUUCGACUUACUAGUAGUAACAACAGGUUGACCUUUGCGACAAAAAAAUACUUUUUUGACAUCAAUGCCAAGACUUUUAAAGUAUUGUGUCAAAUCAGUAUCUGGACGGACGUUACUGCAGGGAAUACAGUAAGAAUUCUAAUGAUACUAUCAACAAUAAUAGCAAUAACGACAAUAAUAAUAAUGAUAAUGAUAAUGAAAAUAAUCUUAAAAUUGUUAUAAGUAAUGAUAGUGAUAGUAAGUAAUAAUAAUAAUAAUAAUAAUAAUAAUAAUAAUAAUAAUAAUGCUACUGAUAAUAAGAAUAAU